AUGGUGUCAGAAGACUCUAGAGCUGAGUCAGCAGACAUAACCGCUGACUCAUCAAACACAAGCACUGAGUCAGCAGACUCAACCGCUGAGCCAGAAGACUCCCACAAACCCACCACCGAGGUGGACAUAGGCGGCCCCGGGUGGUAUACCACGAGCCAGUUCGCCCUGGAGCGGCUGUUCCACGUGCGGCUGCAGCAGUACGCGUGCCUGACGCCCCACCGCGCAGCAGCACAGCUGGUGUACGUGCCCUACUACCCCGGCUACGAUGUCAAGCGCCACCUCUCCUCCGCGCCCAACUGCUCCGUCACCGACGCCCUGGGCCGAGCUGCACUGGAUGCUGCCUUUGCUGCUCAGGGGAAUGGUGCUGGUGCUGCUCAGGAUGGGAAUGGGGAUGGUGGUUAUGGCGCUUCUACUGCUACUGCCUCCGGUAGUGGCGGUGGUGGUGGUGACUCUGCUGCUGCUUCUGUUGCGUCCGCCUCGCCUCCACUCCUCCUACUCCUUGGCCACAUUGCCAUGGAGUUUUUCCGCUUCCCCUACCAGACCUGCCCCGGACCAGGCUCGGCACUGCUUCGGGACCCGCGGCUGGUUCGGCAAGGCAAUGCUGUGAUUGUGGGGAUAGAGGCGUACCCUGAAGGUGUUCUUGUAACGAGCGUGCCCUAUCCGAGCUACUUCCACCCUCGGACCAGGGGUGAAUUGGAUGAAUGGCGGAGCAAGGUGAUGGGGGGAAAAUGGGAUGAGGGGGAAUGGGAGGAAGGAGAGUGGGGUGUGGAGGAGAGAGAGGAGGGAAGCGGGGGUGAAGAGGACGGUGAGGGGGGGAUAGGGGUAGAGGGAGAGGCGGAGGAGGUGGUGAGAACAUUGGAGCGUAAGCUUGGGGAAGAGGAGGAUGAGGAUGAGGAAGAUGGUGAUGGGGAUGGUGGCAGUGAGGGGGAUCAAGUUGAGGAGAUUUGGAAGAAGCUGAAACGUCAAGUGUAUGGGCAGGAGGAGAGUGACGGUGUGGAGAAGACUGGUGAGGAGAAACUAGUGGAGGAGAGGAAUGAUGGGGAGGAGGGAUCGGAUAUGGAGAAGGCGGAGGAACAGGAGAGUGUGGAAGGGACGGAGGAGAAUAGAAAGGUGGAGGAAGAGGAAGGUGAGGGAGAUGAUGGUGAUGACGAUGCAGAGGAGGAGGAGGAGGCAACGCAGGGAGAGAAAGGGAGGGAUAGGCAGAGGGGAGACGAGGAAGAGGACGAAAAGGAGGGGGAGAAAGAAGAGGAGGAGGUGGAGGAUGUUGUGAGGCAGGUGUGGGAGAAGCUGCAGAGGGAGGUGCUGGGUGAUACCGAUGAGGGGGUGGGUGAUACCGAUGAGGUGCUGGGUGAGAGGGAGAGGCACGAGAAAGAGAUAGAGGAAAAGGAAGAGGGAGAGGAAGAGAUAGAGGAAAAGGAAGAGGGAGUGGAAGAGAUAGAGGAAAAGGAAGAGGGAGAGGAAGACGAAGUGGAAGGGGUAGGGGAGGGUGAAACGAUGAGAAGGGUUUCGGAGGGAGAGAGUAAAGUAAAGGAGACGAAAGGGGAGGAGGAUGAGGACGAGGAUGAAGAUGGUGUGAAGCAAACUUGGUUGAAGCUGAAGAGGGAGGUGCUGGGAGAUACAGACGAUGCUGGGGUGGGUGAGGACAUGGAGCGAAAAGAGAGGGGAAGCGAGGAAAAUGGGGUUGAGGGAGGAGGAAAGGAGGAGAGGGAAGAGCAGGGGCGAGAGGAGGAGGGAGACGAUGGGGGAGAGGAGAAGCAAGUGGGGGAAGAAGAUGGGGAGGAAGAAGGGGACGUGAAGGAGAAGAGCAGUGCAAGGGAGCAGGGAGGGGAGGGCGAGGUGGCAGAGGGCAGCAGAGGUUACAAAGGGUCCGGGCAGGGUGAAAAAAUGGAUGGAGAAGGAGAGGGAGGCGAGCAUGAGGAAGGGGAGGGAGUAGAAGCAGCAGAUGAGGGAGAUGGGGACGAGGGAGAAGGAGCGGAGGAAGAAGGAGGAAAAGGAGAUGAGGAAGAGGGAGAAGAAGAGAAGGAUGGGGAAGAAGAAGAGGAGGAGAACAGAGAGGGGGAAACAAGCAGUGGGAAGAAGACAGCUGAAAAUGCAGGGCCCACCUUACGGCAGAGAGGAAAGCCGAAGAAAAGAUUCCUUGGAAAAGGGGGAGGGGGAGCGAGGGAAGGCGGUGGUGGGAGUGAGGCGCUGAAUAGUGAGGACGACAGAGGGAGGUUGAGGGAUAGGGGGGCGAGAGACGAAGGAGCAGAGAGUGAUGAGAGCGGUGAGAGCGAUCCAACUGGUAAACCCGGCAAGAGCGAAAACCUUCAGCAGCAGAAGCAUGGGGAAUGCCCAAGGGCAGAGGAGGAGGUGGCAGCAGCAGUGGCGCCGAACCCAGUGUACCUGUGCGACUACCCGCGCACUGUGAUGCGCGUGCACCUGGCGUCGCUCUUCUGCCUGCAGCCCUGGGGUGACAGCCCCACCCGCCGCUCCCUCUUCGAUGCCAUGCUCGCAGGAUGCAUCCCCGUGGUCUUCUCCGAUUGGUCGGUGCAACGGCAGUUCCCCUGGCACUUGCCUGUGCAUGAAGUGGAGCAGAUCGGGUUUGAGGUCGGGGCUUCUGGGGAGGCUGUGCCUGUGUCAUCGUCCCGCUCUCCCUCAAACACGCCCUUCUACGUCUUCAUUCCAGCUGAAGCCAUUUUGAACGGCUCUGCCAACCUGGUUGCUAUCCUCUCCUCCUUUCCCCCUUAUAAGGUGAUUCGCAUGAGGCACAGAAUCAUGCAGCUGCUGCCUCGUCUGCUGUACAGACGAACGAGGGAGGAGGAUGGGACAGUGAGGCGGGUGAUAAAGAGCGACAGGGGUGAGAGCAAGGAGCAGGAAAAGGAAGAGGGGCUGUUAUGGGGCACGAAUGAGCUAGUGAAUGCUGAUACCGGUAAGGAUGACACGUUCAAAGAUGCUGUUGACGUGAUUAUAGAGCGGGCUCUUAGCCAUGCUCUUGAGCUGGCUUGGGCUGCACAAGUAGCGGACGAGGAGUGA